AUGGAUCCGACAGGAAGGCAUGUGAUUGUGUUGCUUGUCUGGUCGGCUCUGGUGGUGGCGGCGGCGGCGGAUCAAAAGCAAUUAUAUCCGGUGGUGGAGGUGCAACACGUGGACCACUCUUCUACCAGAUUCCUGAUUCAUGUGGCGAAUGGGCUGAGCGGUGAUAUUUGCUAUGUGAGCUGCAAGUCCAAAGACACUAAUAUUGGGGGCCACUUCUUAGACCUUGGAGCUAAUAUCGGAUGGCACUUUGAGCCAAACUUUUGGGGUACGACGCUGUUUUGGUGCUUCGCUUCAAAGUCAGGGGCCAAAGCGUCGUUUGAUGUCUUCUGGGUUGAAAAACGUAGUUCAUGGCUCCGAGAAAGGUGCGGUGGCGAUGAGACAUUAACUUGUAUUUGGAUAGUCAAAGAUGACGGAAUUUACAUUAGAAAUCUUACUCAAAAUGUUGAUGAGUUGAUUCAUAAGUGGAACGAGUGA